AUGGGUUUCGGAAGUGCUCCAAAUACCUUUCAAAUGGACAACAUAUUGCCCCCACUUCCUCUACCCGAUGUUGCCAUGACCAUUAAACGAGUUAUGGGAAGUCUUUCUCCCUACAUUGGCCAAGACUCGGUGCGGUAUCAGGAAAUUGAAACCGGAUUAAAGAAAUGGCACAAAGAACAGGGCAGCGGAUGUCAACGUCGAUUGAAGGUAAAAAAGUGGGUUUCCGGAAAUUAUGCAACCCUUUGGUGGGAAUCCUACACCUUUCUCUGUCAUCGCCAAUCAACCAACAUGGAUACAACCUUUGUGGCUUUCCAGGGGACUAAAGAGUUGCACACGAAAAAUCCACUGGCUAGGGCGGCAGUGCUUAUCUAUCUCUAUGGCAAUAUGCGUUCUCUACUCAAAGCAGGUCGAAUCAAUCCCGAUACCUUCAAGCAUCAAGUGCCCAUGUGUAUGACGCAGUGGUAUCGUCUCUUCUCUACAACAAGAAUUCCCUCAGAAGACCAGGAUGAACUCUGGACGUACCCACCAUCCCUAAGCAAGCACAUCGUAGUUGUGCACAGCAAUCACUUCUACAAGGUGCCACUUUUCACCAAAUGGCGGAAAAUUGUCUCACCCGAUCUACUGCAAAGAAUGCUUGAAUUUGUGAUGGAGGAUUCACGCAAAAAAUCAGAACUUGAAGGUGACAGACCUUACUCUCCGACUGUUUUGACAACACUUAGUCGGGAUGAAUGGCAGAAAAGUCGAUCUGACUACUUCACCUACGGAAUUAACAAUGCCUCUCUCAGUGAGGUGGAAAAGGCAAUUUGUCUGGUUUAUUUGGCAACCGACUCCUCCAUGGAGCCCUAUCAAGCCAAAGGAAACUUGUGGGCUGACAAGAGUGUCAAUUUCUGUGUCCUUCCAAGCGCUGAUAUCAGUAUUCACGUUGACUGGAGUUCGAUGGACCCGUCUUUCUUUGCUGGUGUUUUGGAACGUCUCCGAGUUGCAGAAACAGAAGUAAUGUAUGAUGCAGCGACUGGAGAUGCGGUCUACCUGGAAGAAGCAGAUCAUGAAUGCGAUGACCCUCUGCCAUUAAAUUGGCAUUGCUUUGAUGAAAUGGUUCCAAUUUAUGACAGGGCACUGCAGCUUUGUCAAAAGGAUAGGAAGUCUUUCAGGUUCUCCUCUCUCAACUUCACGGCUUUUGGUCGUUCUCGAGUGAAGUUCGGUUGGUGCCUCUGCACAGAUGCUUUCAUUCAAGCUGCUCUACAUGCAACGUACUUUCGACUGACCGGGAGGCUGGCACUCUGUGCUGAAUGUUUUGCUGGGCUCCGCACUGGCAAGCCAACAAAAUCUGCCAAGGCCUCGGAGUGUUUAAAACUCCUGAAAAAGGCUUGUGAACGUCAUGAAUUCCUGCUAAAACACGCAAUAACGGGAAAGGGCAUCGACCGCCACCUAUUGGCGCUAAGCGUUGCCCACAAAUUCCGCACUUUCAAGCGCUGCGAGGCACUGGAAACACUCCUGAAAAUGCCUUAUGAUCUUGUCACCUGUCGAUUGCCCGAUUCUUCCUCUGAGGGCGCAUGGCAGAUCCUACUGCCAACAAUGGAUCACUGUGGUGCCAUUCACAUAACUUAUGCAAGUCGAACAGACCCCGAGGCUUUUCAAUUUUCCAUCACUGGAGUUGAGAAUCGCGUUGAGAACUUUGCACACAUUCUCGAGCAAGUUCUACUCGACUUACAGAACUUGCCUUUUUAG